AUGUCGAUUCACACGCCGCCAGCAGGCGCACAGAGCAUUGCGCAAAUCCUCGAGGAAGCGCGCUCCCAUCUCCAGCGAAUUUCAGCUGCCGAGCUCCUCCGUGAGCUCCAAGACGAUGAGCAGCCGCCAACAUAUGUGGUGGACAUUCGCCCUGCCGCGCAACGAGCACGCGAGGGCGAAGCAUACCUACCGGAAGAAAUUGAUGGCCGACACAAAAUCCUCGUUAUAGAACGUAAUGUUCUUGAAUGGCGUUUCGAUCCGCAGGCAGAUAGCCGGCUCAAAGAUAUUGUUGACGCCCGCGGAUAUGACACCAGAGUCGUCAUUGGCUGCUCGGAAGGAUAUACCAGCUCGCUGGCCGCACGGGAGCUGCAACGGUUAGGCCUACAGUUUGCCACCGACCUGGAAGGAGGAUUCUCUGCGUGGAGGGCGCUAUUGGAAGCUGGGGCAAAUGAAGGAGAGAGCUCUACCCCUCGUCCAUGAAUAAUUGAUGUUUUGGAUAGUUGGCUUGCAUGAUGGGUAAACCAUCGAAAUUGGAGUGAUUGGGUACAGUGUCAGAGCGGCGAUGUCGCUUGUAUUCGUUAAAUAAUAGUUACAAUAUAC